AACAACACUCUCCAUUUUCCUCUUCAGGCCGCGGAUCUGGUCAGAUCUGGGUCAGAUCUGGGUCAACUACCGAUCUAAGGAGGUUCUAGUCCACGGUUCCGCGUCCAGCCCGUCCCUAAUGCCUGCUUCCUGCUCGCUGUUGAUGAGUUUCCCGUGCGUGGGCCCCGGUUGAAGAGAAAGCUCCGUGUAAACGAGAAUGAAAAGGAUGAAAGGAGGAGAGGGGGGCAGCAGCGGCUGCUCCGGCGGAGACUCCCCCGAGGCCUGUACGAAGCUGCGGCGCCGUAUGAGCGAGGACUCGGAGGCGUUAGAGGCGGCGAGUCCCGACGAGGCGCCGCACUGCGACUGGUCGCUGCUUCCCCAGGAGCUGCUGCUGCACAUCUUCCAGUACCUGCCGCUGCUGGACCGGGCCUUCGCCUCGCAGGUGUGCCGCGGCUGGAACGAGGCCUUCCACAUGCCCGAGCUGUGGCGCUGCUUCGAGUUCGAGCUCAACCAGCCGGCCAGCUCCUACCUGAAGGCCACGCACCCCGACCUCAUCAAGCAGAUCAUCAAGCGCCACUCCAACCACCUGCAGUACGUCAGCUUCAAGGUGGACAGCAGCACGGAGUCGGCAGAAGCCGCCUGCGACAUCCUGUCCCAGCUGGUGAACUGCUCCCUGAAGACUCUGGGCCUCAUCUCCACGGCCAGGCCCAGCUUCAUGGAGGUCCCCAAGUCUCACUUCAUCUCGGCGCUGACGGUGGUGUUCGUCAACUCCAAGUCUCUGUCGUCGCUGAAGAUCGACGACACGCCGGUGGACGACCCGUCCCUGAAGGUUCUGGUGGCGAAUAACAGCGACACGCUGAAGCUGCUGAAGAUGAGCAGCUGUCCGCACGUCUCUCCUGCAGGGAUCCUGUGCGUGGCCGACCAGUGCCACGGCCUGCGCGAGCUGGCGCUGAACUACCACCUGCUGAGCGACGAGCUGCUGCUGGCGCUGUCGUCGGAGAAGCACGUGCACCUGGAGCACCUGCGCAUCGACGUGGUGAGCGAGAACCCGGGCCAGCACUUCCACGCCAUCAAGAAGAGCAGCUGGGACGCCAUGACGCGCCACUCGCCCAAGUUCAGCCUGGUCAUGUACUUCUUCCUGUACGAGGACGAGUUCGGGCCCUUCUUCAACGAGGAGAUCCCCGUCACGCACCUGUACUUCGGCCGCUCCGUCAGCAAGGAGGUGCUGGGCCGCGUGGGGCUGCACUGCCCCCGCCUGGUGGAGCUGGUGGUGUGCGCCAACGGCCUGCGGCCGCUGGACGAGGAGCUGAUCCGCAUCGCCAAGCGCUGCACGCAGCUGUCGGCCAUCGGCCUGGGCGAGUGCGAGGUGUCGUGCAGCGCCUUCGUGGAGUUCGUGAAGAUGUGCGGCCGCCGGCUGUCGCAGCUGUCCAUCAUGGAGGAGGUGCUGAUCCCCGACCACAAGUUCUCGCUGGAUGAGAUCCACUGGGAGGUUUCCAAGCACCUGGGCCGGGUCUGGUUCCCGGACAUGAUGCCCACGUGGUAGACGGGGUGAGGCACCGGCGCUAGCGGCGGCGCCGUGGGACUUUUACAGCCGCCGCCGCGGCGCCGAACCGCCUGUAGAGACAUUAGAUGCCAUCGUAGUGAACAGAACCUGAACCCGUAUGGCAAGCCGUUUUAAUAUUUAACAUCUAAACUGGGAUAUGUGUUGCAGAUAGGGAUGGGCGGUAUGGACUAAAACAUUUAUCACGAUAAUUUCUGGCAUUUAUCCCGAUAACGAUAAAAAUGACGAUAAAAAAAAUACCAAUUCAACUCCACCUUUUCAACUAUAAAUCUAUCACCACAUUUAGGGCUGGGUGAUAUGGACCAAAAGUCAUAUCUCGAUAUUUUCUAGCUAAAUGGCGAUACUCGAUAUAUAUCGAUAUUUUUUCUGUGCCAUAAUUGGAGUUUCCCCCAAAGCAUUAUAGCAUAGCAUCUCUGUUAGCAUCUCUGUUAGCAUCUCUGUUAGCUUCAUUUUUUUCUGAGGCAAACCCUUAAAAAAACAGUCAGUUUUAAUACAAAGCCUCGUGCCAAAUGUCACACAGGUUCCUUUAUUAACAGAGGUCUGCACAAUAUCAAAAUGUAUAAAACAAAUGAAAUAAAAAUAAACUGCCUGCAUAUAUAGAAUAAAAAUGCUUCUUGAAUAAAAUAAAACAAAUAUCUCUUUCCUGCAUAACAAUUAAAUUAAAAUACACUGUGCAAUUAAUACAAUGUAGACAGUAACAGGCAGACUUUUCCACUGAGGUUGACAGUUGUGCAAAUAACAAAACAUUUGUGCAAAUCUCAAAUAAAACAUUGAAGUCAAUUUAUCACAAAAUAAGCUAUAUCAAAAUCAUAAAAAAAAAAAAAAAAUUAAAUAAUCGAUAUAAACGUUAUUGUCUCGUACCAUAUCGCGUUUGAAAAUAUAUCGAUAUAUAUUAAAAUCUCGAUAUAUAUCGCCCAGCACUAAUGCAGUCAAAAUUCGGGUUAUUGCUAAUAAAUCCGUGUAUCAUUCGUUCUUUCCAUUUUCAAUUGGCAAUCAAAAAUCAAAACAUGAAAAAGUGACUGGUUAUUUUGUUAUUUGUUUUUUAUUAUAACACAAAAAACUGAAAAACGUCUGGUUUUUCAUAUUUCAAUUUUAGACACAGAUCCAAAAUACGAAAUAGAAAAACGGGCCACAGGACUGAAUUUGAUUUUAAUAUUUAAUUGGUCGAGUUUACGUGACCCGGCGGUGCUACAUCCAUGGUACGCGGCAGUUCGGGUAACCAUGGCUACCAUGGCGGCGCUGGAACAACAGAUUCAAGAUAUCUACAUCGUCCUUUUUAGAUAUCUUAAAUUAAGUUUUGACUAGUCAGAACCAAGUUGUAGAUAUCUUGAACUGGAAUUAUGACUAGUCAAAAUAAGAUAAGAUAAGAUAGUCCUUUAUUACUCCCUCAAUGGGGAAACUCGCGUGUUAGCAGCAGUACACUUAACAUAGACACACACACGCAUGCGGGGAAGGGGGUAAAAAGGUAAAAAAGUAAAAGAUAUAUAUAUAUAUAUAUAUAUAUAUAUAUAUAUAUAUAUAUAUAUAUAUAUAUAUAUUACAAAAUAUGGACAGUAUAUACACAUUGCAGUGGAGAUAAAAAGAUAAAAAAUAUAAGAUAAAAAAAUAGUGCAAAGGAAGAAAAACAGUGCAAAAAAAUGACGUAGAUAUCUAAAACUGGAAUUACGGAUAGCCAAAAUUUAAUUGUAGAUAUCUCUAAUCAAGUUAUAGAUCUCUUGAAAUGAUUUUUAAUUAGAGAAAUCUCACAUUGGAGAUAUCUUUAACUUCCAUUCUGCCUAGUCAAAAUGUAAUUACAGAUAUUUUGAAUUAGAGUUUUGACUAGUCAAAGUGACUUUAUAUAUAUCUUGAAUGACAAUUCUGACUAGUCACAAUGUAAUUACGACUAUAGUCAAAAUGCAGUUAUAGAUAUCUGCAAUGUUAAUUCUGGAUAGUCAAACUUAGCCAUUAAAUGUUAAAACGGCUUGCCAUAGAACCUUCUGCAGAGGAGGCCGGGUUAUCUGGGGGUCACCUGGGGGUCACCUGCCGGGUCACCUGGGGGUCACCUGGGGGUCACCUGGUCUCUUCCAUCAUCAACACUGACAGUGAGAACCUGAAGGAAUUGAGCGGACGCUGUAGUCUGGAGACGAGUGUCUGCAGGUGAGAUUUUGAAUGUUUUGGUCACGUUGUAAACCGGGACUCUACCGUGAGCAGCUGCAUGUUUAAGGACCUCUAACUCCUCUGAGUGAAGCAGCAACACGGCUUCGGUGACUGAUCUCAAACACGCUCAAACACGUGGACUGCAACAUCGUUGACGCGUCACAAACUCUUCCCUGGAGAGAGAGAAGCAGAAAUGUGUAAAUAAGUCGUGAAGGUUUAAAGUGUUGUUAUUUUUUUGUUUCCUGGUGAAAGAAGGCGUCUGUACAGUCGGAGAUUCUCACGCACCUUAAACACAAACCCCACGAUCGCCACGACGAACAGAACAGAAGUUCUUACGGCCAAACCUGCAGAUUCUGGUGAUUCUAGUUUGUUGGGACUCGGAUGCCGAGUUAUAAAGUUAUAAUUACUAAAGUUAUAAUUACGGAGGAAAAACAGUCCUAAUAUUCUGUCGAAGUGUGUGUGUGUAUAUACACAUAUAUAUUAUACAUAUGUAUAUCUAUAUACAUAUUUAUAUGUAAUAUACAUAUAUUUGUAUACAUAUGUAUGUGUAAUCUUCAUAUGUGUGUAUAUUUAUAUACAUAUUUGUGUGUAAUAUACAUACAUGCGUAUAUGUAUAUAAAUAUACACAUAUAUAUCCAUAUGUAAUAUAGAAAUAUAUGUAUAUUUAUCUACAGUAGUGUCUGGGGAAGGAAGUACAUGUCGAUGUACUUUGAUCGCUUUCUAAUUAUUCAUUAAUAGACGAGUGCAGGGGUCGGCAACCCGCGGCUCUAGAGCCGCAUGCAGCUCUUUAGCGCCGCCCUAGUGGCUCCUGGAGCUUUUUCAAAAAUGUUUGACCUUUUUUUCCUUUUUCUUUUUUUUCUUUUUUCUUCCUUUUGCCUUUCCUUUUUAAUCUUGACAUUUUUUUCUAAAUUUUGACUUUUUUCUCUACAUUUCGACUUUUUUCUCCAAAUUUUGACUUUUUUCUCCAAAUUUUGACUUUUUUCUCCAAAUUUCGACUUUUUUCUCCAAAUUUCGACUUUUUUCUCGACAUUUCAACUUUUUUCUCGAGAUUGUACUUCAACAUUAAUCUCGACAUUUUGACUUUUUUCUCAAAAUUUCGACUUUUUUCUCGGAAUUUCGACUUUUUUCUCGAAAUUUCGACUUUUUUCUCGAAGUGCAUAAUGAAAAAAUCUUCCCCCAACUAUAACUAAUAUAGAAACAUGCAGCAUGUGUUUCUUCAUUCUAAGGCUGAUACAAGACUUUUAAUUUUUUGCGGCUCCAGACAUAUUUGUUUUUUGUGUUUUUGGUUCAAUACGACUCUUUCAACAUUUUGGGUUGCCGACCCCUGGACUAGUGGUUGUGGCUCUCGGCUCGCACUGCAUGCUGGGAACGCAGGACUCGGUUUCUGUUGCUUUAAACAAAUAUAUAUUUCCUUUUAAAAGUUUCAUUUCCAUCUUCUGCCAUUUGCCCGUUUACGCCCCCCCAUCACCCUCUCAGUCCGCUUUCGCCCCGCAGCGGUUUUUAACGUGUGGUUGGUUGGCAUGGCAACGGGGAGGCGGCGUCUCCAUCAGUUCUUCUGUGGCGAGUCAGAUGAGUGAAACGGUUCUUUUCCUUUAAGAGGAAGUUAAAUGCACCUGUAAAUAAAACGCUGUGUGUUUGAUUAUUAUGGGUAGAAAAAGUACUUAUUUCUUGACGGCACUUUGACCGGCAGCUCUAGUUUUACCGGCUGGAUGUUUGUCACGCCGUCGUCAUCAGAAACGUUGUGCAAUCACUGACACAACAAGUCUUCUGUGUUAAACCAGAUCUGUAACUGACAAAUGGAUAAAAAAAAAGCUUGUUUUUCUCGGUUUGCUUUGACAUUUCCAUCCUUGGUUGCAAACAGACGCUUCAAGACGACGGCUCUUGUCGUGUUUCUUGUUCCACUACACCUGAGUUUCAGGAAAUCACGUGGUUUUUCUUUCCUCGGCCGCCAGAACUGGUUCAGAAAAGAAUGUGAGACUUUAGUAAAACAGUCUGAGCAGAAUCCGGAGCGUCUCUGCUGCAUUUUACUGCUCUAAUUCAUCUAAACUCACGUUUUCAUGAAAAGUUCAGCUCAGAAAAACUGGAAGGACUGGAGUUUUCACAGCAGAGCUGCACUUUUAGCUCAAUCAGAUUUCAGGACUGAACUAACUUCACCUGAUCAUUGACGUGAUCGUGUCAUUGAUCUGCAGCUGUACAGUAAAAACAUUACUCUUAUUAGUUUCAGUGGCUCCUCAGUGAGCGUCGAUGUAAUCAAUCUUCCUUUAUCUUCAUUUUAAUACUCUGCUGAAUCAGUUAUUCACGGCAUAAGUGCACGUUAGGAGGGAUUAUUAUUAUUUAGCUUGGGUCUUAAAUACGCCUCGUCAGCAGACGUUUAACGUCAUUUUGUUUAGACGGAACAAUAACAAGUUUAUUCAGAAUAAAUCGGUGUCGACGUUUUAUUUGUCGGCAAAAAAAAUAUAAAAACAUGCUUCGUCCACUUUGCUUCACUGGUCAUCUGUCUUUAAAUUAAAAGUAUUGUUUUGGACAUGUGAUCUUAUACUGUAAUAAAAAUUUGUGAAUGCAA